AGAAUUCUCACGGUUGUCCUCUGGCUUUUUCCCAUAAGAUUAUCUGACAUCAGUUAGAAGCUAAGAGCUUAUUCACUCCACAUGGGUAGGAAAUGUCCUCUGGGGACAGUCCCUGGGUCCUGAUGCCUCAAUGACAGGCGAGGUACAUCCCAGAGGCUCCGACGGCUUAUUCUGUACCCAAACCCCAGCCAGAAACCCGGAGGAAGCUGAGACCCCCCCCCACAUGAGUACAUCCAACCAUGUGGCUAGGCCAGGAUUGCUCGGGCAUGGGCUUGCUAUCAUUACAGUAAAAAGGGGGAAAGGCCAACAAACAGAACAAACAUUUUAUUACACUUUAGGUGAAAGGUGACAUAGUACAUUAAUCUUCUAGUCGACAGUGGAGACACACAUGGCUCUGUGACAUUGGGUGCCGCCCCUGUUUCCUCUCUGGCUGCUCCGUUUCCGUGAUCCCCUUUCCCUGCCGCCUGGGUUCCCUCAUCCGUGGUUUUAGGCAAACAUGGCCGUUGGAGUCUGGUACAGUUGCUUGUUCACGGCGUCAUUGUUUGUUUUGUGGGCCCAUCUAUCAUCUGGCUGAAAGGUGGCUUCCUGUUGCAAGCUGGAAGGGUGUCUGAGGGCCGCAGUCUGGGGUGGGUUUCCCUUCAUUAAGAACACGAAAGAUUGACAAGGAACAGGCCGUCCAGUAGGGGGAAGUGCAGGCAGGGCCUGGGCGUUUUAAUCAACCUGUGAUCGUUUCCCUUUAAGAUGUCAGGGCCACUGUUUUUGAGGAAGGUAGAAAAGAGAGAUGGUUCAAGAAGCCCUGACCUGCUGCAGUCGGACGUUUCUUUCACCAUGGGAGGGAGGCAUUCAUCCACAGACUCCAACAAGGCCUCCAGCGGAGACAUCUCCCCUUAUGACAACAACUCCCCAGUGCUGUCCGAACGCUCCCUGCUGGCUAUGCAAGAGGACGUGGCGCCGGGGGGCUCAGAGAAGCUUUACAAAGUGCCAGAGCAGUACAUGCUGGUGGGCCACUUGCCAUUGAAGUCAAGAGAAAGUUCUCCGGGACCGAGACCUGGGAAAGAUAUGUCGAGGGAACCUUUCAAUAUCUGGGGGACUUGGCAUUCAACAUUAAAAAGUGGAUCCAAGGACCCAGGAAUGACAGGUUCCCACGGAGACAUUUUUGAAAGCAGCUCCCUCCGACCGGGGCUGUGUUCCCUCUCUCAGGGGAACCUGUCCCUGACGUGGUCUCGGUGGCCAGGGAGUCCCACGGAGCCAGACCGAGGCGCCCCGGGCCUCCGGAGAACUCAGACGGCGGGCGGCCCGGGCGGCCCGUGCCCACGGAGCAGCGGCCCCGCGGCCCCAGGCGGCGAGCAGAACAGUACGAAGCGGGGCGAAGCCAACUGGCUCGACUGGCAGCGAGAGCGGUGGCAAAUCUGGGAACUCCUCUCCACCGACAACCCGGACGCCCUGCCCGAAACGCUGGUAUGA